AUGGCGAGAGGGCUAGAUAUUCUGAAGGCCAAGCUGCCCAAGGCCCCAACGGGAAGGAGGCCGAUCGGCUAUAGAGGAAACCACCAGCACGGAAAAUCGCUAUACGACCCAGUUUACCCCACGACGAAGAUCCCAGCGAGCCUCGUGCCGCGCUACCCGAUAGACUGGCGAAACGGAGGCAGGUUCCUUUUAUGUGUUGGUUUGAGGAGAAUUGAGAAUCGCAUCAUAACAAGGAUGAAGCAGAGUCAGGAUUUCAAUCGACCCGAAUGUAGGACAUGUGGUCACGACUGCAUAGCGACUUACAAUCGCUGUUUAUGUGCAUGGUAUUGUAAGCACAAAUUUAAACACGUAUAUGAAUGUGACGAGGUGUUGAUGCAGUAUAAGGGAGAAACUCAAACGGACAAGCCCCUCUUCAGUGUCCCCAGGUGGGUGGCCAACAGGAACUCCGAGGAGGGAGUCGAAUAUGAAUUGAAUGAGAAGACGGGUCGGUUUGAAAAUGCUCAGGAUGGAAAAGACAUGUAUAAGCUUUUUUAUACAAAGCUGCGAUACGGAGCUGACUCCACUGAACAUGCAGUCGCAGGGGGGGGUGCGAUUGGCGGUGGUGCAAAUGGCAGCGGUGCGAUGAGCACCCCUGCGGAGGAGGAGCAGCUCUCCGGGUCGGACUCCGACAUGACGGACAGCGAUGAGGAGCAGGAAGCAUAG